AUUUGCAGCCUCCCUGCUCCCAAAAGUUGGCCACAGAUACCAAAUACACUCAGGAAAGAAGUUUCUUAUUCCAGAUUCCUUGAUCUUUCUUUUCACUAAGAGGUGAAAGGCAUUUCUUAUCAUUUUCCAAGUAGUGCAGAAGUGCUCCUCCUACCUCAGCAGUAACUUUGUUCCUUCCUGUUUUCUUUAAAAUCUCCAGCCAAGACACUCCUUCCAGCAGGUGUAUUCGAGGAUUAACGAAUGAGAAGGAAUAAAGUGAAGGAUAUCUCAGUGCAGUGCAUCAUCCAUUUCCAGGGGGAACAGAAGCCAUCUGACUUGACCCCAUGGAGUACUUGCCAAGGAAGCUUGUAUUAGUUCUAUUAUUGACUCUUCCAACAUAUUUUUUAAUUGGAAAGUGGCCUAGAGGUGAAGAUCCUGUUGCCAUCAGCAUCGAACCGUCGGUUGUCCUUGUUGGAGAUCAAGUGACUCUGUCCUGCCAGGUGGCAGACAGUGUCCCCUAUAACACGAGUGUGCUCUGGUACAAAAUGGAAAAGGGGAGGGGUGCUCCACUGUGCUCUUCCUCCAGCCUGGGUGGGGUGGUGGAGCAGUGCCAGGAUGAAGAAGAGCAGAGGAUGACGGGACACUGGCAGGGAAGAGCACUUCUUCUGGUUAUCCGGCAAGUGCGAAUCGCCGACGAGGGGACGUACGUUUGUGCACUGAACGGCAGUGUUGUCACACACGAGGCUACUACUCACCUUGAUGUUACAGCAAUUGGGUAUAAGCCAACAUUGGACAGGGAUCUGCAAGAGGAGAGAAUGUGUCGCUACACGUGUAAGUCAAAGAAAUGGUACCCAAAGCCUGAAGUCUUUUGGAUGAGCUAUGGAGGAGACACAGUAAAUGUGGAGGCUGAGACCCAUGUAACCUGGAGUGAGAGAGACCAUUUCACAGUGCAGAGCAGCAUCACAGUGCCUUGUGAUAACGUAGAUGUGGUGUGUGUAGUCAAACUCCUCAAAUCCAAGAUAAGCCGAUCAGGUGCCAUGAAUGAAAUUAUUGUGCCACAGCCAACCACUUGUACGUACAAGGGCAGAAUAAGUGGUUCCUCUGUAAAGCCCAAAGUGAUGUGGGUUAAUCCCCAAGGAGAAGAUCUAUCUUCACUGGCCCACACAAGCAUUCUGCAGGAGACGGAUGGUAUUUUUACAAUAGAAAGCUCCAUUGAGAUACCCUGUGGACAACCGCCACCUUCUUUUGUGCCCACUGAGAGGGAACAGGGUCCAUGGAUAGCUCAACAGCCAGAAAACGGAAACAUGAUUUGGAUUAUCAGCUCCUUUGUUUCCAUUAUUUUACUAGCACUCCUUCUGAGGCAGAUUGGAAAGCAGAAGGAGAUUGAGGAACUGCGCGCAACGAACGAGGAACUGCUCGCAACGAACGAGAACCUGAAGAAGGAGAUAAGUGAGUGUCGCUUUUCCCCUGGAGGUCGUGUGAGCCAGCUAAUUGUGAGGUUUGGGGGUCUUCAUAGUGUGUUGCUUGUGGGUUCUGCCUUCUUGAGGUUUUGGUGCCAGCAGGAAUGUGAGGGAAAGGUAUGUAGAGGUAAGGCUGAGAUGGGGCUGAAGGGGCUGCAGAACCUCAGCUAUCAACCAGCCCAGGGACAUUGUGGGAAAAUGGGUGAUGACGGGGUAUUGAAGAGAUCCCUGCCAGAGUCAGAAGCUUGUGAGAUGCAGCUCCAAGGAGCGUUAGUCGGCCACCAGGCCAGAUUUUUUGUGGCUUCCUUGGGUAGAAUGUCCCCUAGUGGACUGCUUUGUAUGUUAUGGUUCUUGCCCUGACUUGGCUUUCUUGCCCUUUUUCUCUUGCUGCCCACGGGGACUUGGCAGAAAAACUGCGUGAAAAGGAAGGUGAGUCCCUCUGGUUGCCUGUGUGCUUUCAUGUUUAUUGUUGUUGAAAGUUGUCUAUACUUUUGCCUCCACGUUCCUUGGAAAUAUGUCACCUCAAUUCUUCAGGAAGCUGUUUCCAUUAGGAAGCCAAACCCAAUCCAUGGGAAUAACUCACAGUAGCUCAAAUGAUCCUCUUUUACAUGCUGUGUUCUUUCCAUGUCCUUUGAUACAUCCAGCUUUAUUGACCUGCCCAUACUUUUCUGCCUGCUGCCCUCUGCUGUUCAAAAGAUUACCUCUUAUCACUUGUGACUCCGGCUUUCUAGUUGGAAAAGUUCUUCCUUGUAUGCAGGGGAAGAACAAGAGCCCAUUUAGAAAUGACAGUCAAUGUCUCGUAGAUCUCACUGCAUGGAAACCUGUGGUGAUUUCAGAAACAGCAGGCAAAAAGAUGGCAUUUCAGGAGAUGGCUGAUCCAGAACCAUCCUCUAGUGCUACCAAGUACUGAUGUCUAAUCCACAGUAACCUUUUCUUUCUGUGUGUUUCUCUUGUUUGCAGUGGAUCAGAUGGAAGAAAUUGGUAAGUCGUUAUUGCUUAGUGAAGGGGGAAGACUGAAGAGAGGAAGAGGGUUCUUGUUUUAAAGGGCAAUUAAUUUAGAGCUUGUAAACUCCUGGGGAUUUGAAACGUUCCCUUUAUGCAGUUCCAAGUGCAUAUCUCACACCUGUAUGUUCACGGGCUCAGCUAUUUGUCCAAAACUCAAUGUUUUUCACAUACAGAUGCCUGCCUUUGAGCUAAUCCCUUAAAUUCACAUCUCAGAACUGCACAAUCCUACUGGGACCCCUGCUGAGUUGUCUUUUCAUGUUUCACACGUAAAAACACAAGUUCACCUGAUUCUGCCCUGGAAAACAGUUAAUAUUUACUUGUCUGUUUUGACUUCUCAGCAGCUUAGUUUGGAUAGUGGACUCUCCACCUGCCACACCUUCUCCACUAUCCUUCGCUGCCCAGCCGCUACUGCUCAAAGCUGUCAUGGUUGCACAUACCCACAAACUCACUGGGAAGUGCACUCCCUCCUCCCUUCAGACCAUUAGGGAAGAUUUACCCAACUUGUUUCUUUGUAUGCA